AACUACAUUUCCCAGAUAUGCUUAGCCUUGAAACGUAGACGCAUUGGCUCAUCCUUGACCUGAGUAGAGAUUGGGUUUAUUUUGCAUAUUGCCUGCAGAGAGACAGCGGGCUAAUGAGAAAAUAAUUGUACCGGUGAAUAUGAACGCAUUGAUUUGAGGACUUCUUCAGAUCAUCCGUAUUGGCUCCCAGCAUGGCGCAUGACGAGGGCAAGCACAGCCUGGAGGCGAAAUUUGCUGCUGCAGUUAAAGUGAUGCGGAGUUUGCCAGAAGAAGGUGCUUUCCAGCCCUCUGAUUACAUGAUGCUAAAGUUCUAUAGUUACUAUAAGCAGGCCACUUCGGGGCCCUGCAACAUUUCUAGACCAAGUGGCUUCUGGGACUCGUAUGGAAAAGCUAAAUGGGAUGCGUGGAGCUCUUUAGGAACUAUGACAAAGGAAGAAGCCAUGAAGAAUUAUGUAGAGGACAUCCAGCUGAUUUUGGAGACCAUUCCAAUCUCAGAUGAAGUGUCCGAACUUGUGCAGCACCUUGGCAACUUCUACACAGAGGUAAAUGUGGGAGAAGAAGCUGAAGACGAUGAUGUGAGCAGAAGACCUUUCACCAGGCCCUUUGCUCGUGCAGAUGAGCUCGUCGAACCAUUUAGGAAACCAACAAUGGAAGGCUAUGGGGAUCUCUGGGAUGAUAUACAAAACCUUGAAGAAAAAGACAGCAUACAUGGCAUAAGUAUCAGUAGUGAGGAGAUGGAGGGAAGCAGAGAAGAUAGUGAAAUUGAGAGAAAGGAGGAAAGUAGUGAUUGGAGAAGUGAGGAAGACGAAAAUGGGGACAAAGAAGACAAUACAGAAGAUGAAGCCAAUGAGGAUGAGGAUGAAGAGAAAGAGUGUGGUUCUGAUUCAAGGCUGCUGAUGGUGGAGGAUACAAAGUGGACAUCUUAUACCAGAGGCCCGUGCAGCAGCGUGGAACCCAGUGUGUCAUCCUUCACUAACGGGACACACAGCUCCCUCAACAGUGAGGCGGAGGAGGAUGAACUGGCCUGUUCCCCAGAGCCCGGCCUGCAGCGUAACUCAUACAUGCACCUCAAUGGACACCUGAGUGAUCAUGAUGAUGUUUCUGAGAAGAUCUACCGAUCAACAGACUCGGAUAAUGAGGAAUUCUGUGACUCAAUGGAGCAUCUAGCCAUGGAAGAGUGUAAAGUUCAGUCACUAGAGGCUGCUUCAGUGAAGCAAAGGGAAUUGUGGUUUAAGAGCAGCACCACAUUGAAUGGAGGAGAGGAUCAAGUACUCAUAGAGAUUAGUACAAACCAACACAACAGCUCCUUGCCAAGAGGACGUAGAGGAUCUCCAUCACUGGGUGCUGCCUGCAGUGCUCAGCUGUGUGCUCGUGCAGAGGCUCAGUACUGUUGUGUGUCACCGAAGGCGCAGCCUGUCAGUGCACCCAGGGGAAAUGUCAACGAGCAGAUAGCUACGACUCUGCUGAGGCUGCAGCGUGACAUGGGCGACAUGUUGCACAGGCUGCACAUGUUGGAGGUGCUCACUGCAUCUCAGUCAACAUCGUCUACACCAAGGCAGGAGGAGUCUCUACCUGUACCAAGAAAGUUCCUGAGACCAUCCUGGUGGCCUUUUGACUGUUCUCCACUUACAAUGAUGUUGAGUGCGCUCUGGCCGCUUAUUGCACAUUGGUUUGUGCAGCUUUGUUUGCAGCGAAGGAGAAGGAAAAUCCCUUGAAUUGUCUGACAUCAGCAAAGAGCAUGACCCCAGGAUGAAAUUGCUACACUCUAUGGGUUUUUAGAGUCACCAGCAUAAACUGUGGAACCAGUACAGAUAGAAAGGCUACCGUAGAGAAACCAGACAAAAAGGAGAGUCUGCAGUAUAAUCUACUUCAACCUCAUGGAUACUUUCGUAGGUGUUUAAGGAACACAGCAUUUAUACAUUAUAAAUGUAGGCACAAGUUCUAGGUUACAGUUAUCCCAACAUUAGGUGGAAGUUCUAAAUAUAAUGUUGUAUUUUAUGAUAUAAGAUGAUAUACAAUGUAUUAUUUUAUGUCACUUUAUGUAUUGUAAAUGUAAUUGUUUUUAAGUUUCUACACAUAUUUAUAUGACAUUGUUUUCUUAUAAGAAUAUCAGCCUUUUAUAUUUGUUUGGUAUAUAAAUACAGGGCAUUUCUUUUUAGACCAAUUAUUUAUUGAAAACGAUGGUUGUUUGAGUAGAGAGUGUAUUAUUUUAUAGCAAUAUUACUACAUGUUGCAACAUUGCAGAACAGACAAUCCAUAUAUCUCACGUAUAGGCUAAAAUCAUUCUAGUUUCUUGUCAGACGUAGAGCGCAUAAGGACAAUGUUCAAGUUAAAGGUCUAUAAAUGAAGGAACGUGCAAUAAAGAUGUUAUCAGAGAAAA